AUGGGGAGUGGAAUGAGCAAGAUUGUCACCGGCCUCUACCUCGGGAAUAUUCGUGACUCUGAGGACCAUGAGAACCUGCUGAGGAAGGGGGUGACCCACAUCCUGUCCGUCCACAACCGUGCCAAGCCCGUGCUGGAGGACAUGACCUAUCUAUGUAUCUCGGCCUCGGAUUCAUCCAGUCAAAAUCUGCUGCAGCAUUUUAAGGAAUGCAUCCAGUUCAUCCACGAGUGCCGGCUCGGAGGGGGAGGCUGCCUGGUGCACUGCCUGGCUGGGGUGUCCCGCAGCACUACCAUCCUGGUGGCUUACCUGAUGACAGUGACAGAUCUGGGCUGGGACAGCUGCCUGGCUGCCACCAAGGCCGCACGCUCCUACGUCAGCCCCAACUCUGGAUUCCAGCAGCAGCUGCAGGAAUAUGAGAGGACCCUGCUCCAGGAGUACCGUGCCUGGAUCCGCCGGGAUUAUGGCAGGAACCCCUUCCAGGACCAGGAGGAGCUGCAGCGCUUGCUGGGCCAGCAGCAGCUGGGGAGCAGGGAUUGCUCCUGGCUCCAGUCCCCAGCUCCCACCUUCCCUCCUCCCUGCCACACAGGUGGCACCGGUGGUGGCAGCAGAUGGAUGAACAGAUAAGCAGUCAGGCUGUUCCCAGGCAGGCCCUGGGGCUUGGAAAACUCAGUUUUCCCAUUGCCAAGCACCUCCAGGUAUUCAUGUCUAGGUCAGAAAUCUGCCAGCAGCAGCGUGGGUUCUGGGUUGGAGCGGGGGGACAGGACUCACAGACCCCUCCUGUCAGCUGCCAGCUCCAGUGAAUUGGUGACAGCAUCCUGCUCUGUCCCAUUCCUCCAUUCCCAA